AUGGGGAAGGUGAGCUACGUACACUGUGCGGUACAGAGUGGCAGCACAAAGGGGAAGGAGGUCGAAGGGGCCUCUGCGGCAGCUGGCAAUGACCGUGUACGGGAUCUGCAGAGUGAAGUGGAAGGUGUCAAAAACAUAAUGUCACAAAAUGUGGAGCGGAUCCUGGCAAGAGGGGAAAACCUGGACCACUUGAGAAAUAAAACUGAGGACCUGGAAGCCAGUUCGGAACACUUCAAGACUACGUCUCAGAAAGUCGCCCGAAAAUACUGGUGGAAAAAUGCCAAGAUGAUUGCUAUUAUCUGUGUAGUGGUUGGGAUCAUUCUCCUUCUCAUUAUCCUCCUUGCCACAGGAGUUAUCCCCACAUAAAUGGUGCUUGUGACUUCUACCUCUCCACCAUGUAUCUCCCCUGCUGAGGACUUACCCCUCGGCUCUUAACCUUGUCUGGCAGUCUUAUGGAGAAGCCAUGGGAAUUUUAUGGCAUUACAUUUUCUGAUAUCUCUGUACAAAUACAACUCACACUUGAUCCUAAAGCCUAUUUAUAUUGUGUAUGAAGAGUCGCUUCAUCCAUUAAAAUCUCACCAAUGAAGCAUUA